GCUCUCCUGCACUCACUCAGCUUCACAAGCCGCCCAAGAGCGCUCAGCCUCUCCCUCCUCAGCCUCCGAGCCACGCGAACCCAGAGGCCAGAUGUCCACCUACGUGUCUUCAGACUGCCGCCGCGUCAGUCCUUCGGUCCACGGCGUCAAGUUCGACACGGCUCACCGCAAGAAGGCCGUGGCCAACAUUUUUGACGAUGUGAGCCAGGAUGCCCUGACCAGACUCUUCCAGAAGACGGGCGACAUGAAGGCAGAGGAGCGGGUGAGGAGCAUCUUCUCCUACUCGCACGACCCGGAGGAGACGGCCCGGGCGCUGAUGGCUCUGAAGCAGAGGAAGAAGGACAAGUUCCUCCAGAUCGCAGGCAUGCUUCGGCACAUGCUCAAACUGCGCUGACGUGACAUCGCGCGGCACUGUUUUAGCCGCUUGCGUCUUCUGUGACUCGGCUCGACUUGGAGCCCAAAACUCGGAGCGUGACUCCCGCUGGGACUCGGGACGACUACAUCCGCGAGUGUCCUGGCUCGCCUGGGGAGAUAACGCUGCUCGCAAGUGGCCGCCAGUGAGGCGGGUUCGCAGCCACCGGAGGUGAUGGGAGAUGAGUCCCGCCACGACCGGAUUGCAGAUGAGCUUCCUGGAGAUAUGAUGGACAUACAACGUCUUCCCCGUGACUUGAAUUGACCCAUGCGGAAGCUCCACUGUGAAGCAGCAGCAGCACACAAAAGUGGUGCUGGUGGAAAAGCUGCAACGAUACGAGACUUUUAGUGCCACAUGAAGAACCUUCGUGGAUGCCUGUCCUGAACACAUGCCUUCUUUUGAACAAGAACACUGUCACCGUUGUGGCUCCUAACAUCACUCUUUUGUCAGAUUGAUCAAUGAUUUUCAUGAAUGAUGUGCCCUCGUCUUUGUCCGUUUUAAUAAAUUCCUUUGAUUACAAAAGUUCAA